AUGCCUCUUCCUGACACCAUUGAGCUGCCUGCAGCAUUCGAUGCCCACGUCCACGUGCGUGAUGGCGACAUGUUGAAGCUUGUUGCUCCUACUAUCCGAUCCGGUGGUGCCAACUCUGCUUUGAUCAUGCCCAACCUUACCCCUCCCGUGACCAGCACGAAGAUGGCGUUGGACUAUUCUUCUCGUAUCAAGGAGGCUCUGGGAAACGAUGAGGUGAAGCUGCUGAUGACCCUCUACCUUCACCCUGACGUUACACCCGAAGUUAUCAGAGAGGCCAAGAAGGCUGGAGUUGCCGCUGUAAAAAGUUACCCUGCCGGCGUCACAACCAACAGCUCUGCUGGUGUCGUCGACUACGAUGCUUUCCACAAGGUCUUCAAGGCCAUGGAGGAGGUUGACUUGCUUCUUUGCCUUCAUGGAGAGUGCCCCUCCCAUGCUGGCAGCGACAUCACUACUCUGAACGCUGAGUCCAAGUUCCUCCCUACGUUGAAGGUUCUUCACAACAAGUACCCGAAGCUCAGGAUCAUCCUCGAGCACUGCACAACUGCCCAGGCUGUCGAGGCCGUCAAGUCAUGUGGUCCCAACGUCUCGGGAACGAUUACUGUUCACCACCUCUUUAUUACCAUCGACGACGUUGUUGGUGACGCCAUGAACUUCUGCAAGCCCGUUGCCAAGCUUCCCCACGACCGUAGGGCCCUCCUCAACGCCGUCGUCAACAGCAACGGCAAGUUCUUCCUGGGCACCGACUCCGCCCCUCACCCCAUCACCUCCAAGACGGGCCCCUCCAAGGCCGCCGCAGGUGUCUUCACCCAGCCCUAUGCCGUGCAGUACCUUCUCACCGCACUCGACGAGGCAGUCGUCCGUGGAGAGCUCAAGGACGCGGAUAUCACUCUGGAGGCUAUCGAGGGCUUCGUGGCGCACUACGGCCGCAAGUUCUACGGCGGCUUCGAGGACCAGAAGGCGGAGCGAAUCCGCCUCACUCGUGGUGGUGCUGUCAUCAACCAGGUCCUCGAGGGCUCUGGUAUUCAGGUCGUUCCUUUCCGCGCUGGUAAGGAGACCUGGACCCUUCAGUGGCUGUAA